UUUAAGAGUUAGUGUCGCAGCUUUUUCUCUCCAUGUGGAGCUCCAGCUGAAGGACCCAUUAGAGACCAGACUCUGCUGAACCUGAACCUGAAUCCAGCUGUGUGUCCAUGAAGAGUCACCGGUCCAUGGAGCCACCACUACUUUAAGAAAAGAACUGUAAGGGAGAGGAGAAUAGAAAUGGAGGAGAGAGGAUUGAUGGAGAGACUUGAAUGGCAGAAGGAGAGAAUAACAAUGGAAAGGGAAAUUGAAAUGUUAAGAAGAAGAUUGAGGACCCAGCAGAGACCAGAGUCCCCUGAACCUGAACCUGAACCUGAAUCUGAACCUGAACCUGAACCUGAACCCAGCUGUGUGUCUAUUAAGAGUGACAGGUCAAAUCAACGCUAUAUUGACUUUAAAGGAAAGCAACCAUCUGCUGAAAGGACAGUGGACCAGGAGAGCUCAGAGGUUUCCAGUGGUCAGUCUGCCCAGCAGCAUCAAACACACCUGGACUCCAUAUUUAUGCUGCUGGAGGAGAACAUUGGCACUUUUGUGAAGAACGAGCUGAAGAAGAUCCAGAAGCUUCUGAGUCCAGAUUACCCAGAAAGCUUAGAAAGUAAGAGGAAGAGUGAGGAAGAAGAGCACAGGAGCAGCAGAGAGGCAUUUCUGAAGAUCACACUGCACUUCCUCAAGAGAAUGAAGCAGGACGAGCUGGCUGACCGUCUGCAGCGCAGAAGUUCUGCUGGAGUUUGUAAAUGUAAACUCAAAUCUAACCUAAACAAGAAGUUCCAGUGUGUGUUUGAGGGGAUUGCUAAAGCAGGAAACCCAACCCUUCUGAAUCAGAUGUUCACAGAGAUCUACAUCAUGGAGAGAGGGACUGCAGAGGUCAAUGAUGAACAUGAGGUCAGACAGAUUGAAACAGCAUCCAGGAAACCAGACAGACCAGAAACAACAAUCAGACGAGAAGACAUCUUUAAAGCCCCACCUGGAAGAGAUGAACCAAUCAGAACAGUGAUGACUAAAGGAGUGGCUGGCAUCGGGAAAACAGUCUUAACACAGAAGUUCACUCUGGACUGGGCUGAAGGCAAAGCCAACCAAGACAUCCAGUUCAUAUUUCCAUUCACUUUCAGAGAGCUGAACGUGCUGAAAGAAAAAAGGUACAGCUUGGUGGAACUUGUUGAUUACUUCUUCAGUGGAACCAAAGAAGCAGGAAUCUGCAGGUUUGAAGAGUUCCAGGUUGUGUUCAUAUUUGACGGUCUGGAUGAGUGUCGACUUUCUCUGGACUUCCACAACACUGAGAUCCUGACUGAUGUUACAGAGUCCACCUCAGUAGGUGCGCUGCUGACAAACCUCAUCAGGGGGAAUCUGCUUCCCUCUGCUCGGAUCUGGAUAACCACACGACCUGCAGCAGCUAAUCAGAUCCCUGCUGAGUGUGUUGACAUGGUGACAGAGGUCAGAGGAUUCAUUGACCAACAGAAGGAGGAGUACUUCAGUAAGAGAUACACAGAUAAGGAGCAGGCCAGCAGAAUCAUCUCCCACAUCAAGACAUCACGAAGCCUCCACAUCAUGUGCCACAUCCCUGUCUUCUGCUGGAUCACUGCUACAGUUCUGGAGGACGUGUUGAAGACCAGAGAGGGAGGAGAGCUGCCCAAGACCCUGACUGAGAUGUACAUCCACUUCCUGGUGGUUCAGUCCAAAGUGAAGAACAUCAAGUAUGAUGGAAAAUCUGAGACGGAUCAUCACUGGAGUCCAGAGACCAGGAAGAUGAUUGAGUAUCUGGGAAAACUGGCUUUUGAGCAGCUGCAGAAAGGCAACCUGAUCUUCUAUGAAUCAGACCUGACAGAGUGUGGCAUCGAUAUCAGCUCAGCCUCAGUGUACUCUGGAGUGUUCACACAGAUCUUUAAAGAGGAGAGAGGACUGUACCAGGACAAGGUGUUCUGCUUCGUCCAUCUGAGUGUUCAGGAGUUUCUGGCUGCUCUUCAUGUCCAUCUGACAUUCAUCAACUCUGGAGUCAGCCUGCUGUCAGAAGAACAAUCAACAUCUUGGUGGGCUGAAAUGUUCAGAGACAAAUCAACAUGUUUCUACCAGAGUGCUGUGGACAAGGCCUUACAGAGUCCAAAUGGACACCUGGACUUGUUCCUCCGCUUCCUCCUGGGUCUUUCACUGCAGACCAAUCAGAAUCUCCUACGAGGCCUGAUGACACAGACAGGAAGUAGCUCAGAGAACAAUCAGAAAACAGUUGAGUACAUCAAGACGAAGUUCAGUGAGGAUCUGUCUGCAGAGAGAAGCAUCAAUCUGUUCCACUGUCUGAAUGAACUGAAUGAUGGUUCUCUAGUGGAGCAGCUCCAACAAUACAUGAGUUCAGGAAGUCUCUCCAAAGGUAAACUGUCUCCUGCUCAGUGGUCAGCUCUGGUCUUCAUCUUACUGUCAUCAGAAAACAGUCUGGACGUGUUUGACCUGAAGAAAUACUCUGCAUCAGAGGAGGCUCUUCUCAGGUUGCUGCCAGUGGUCAAAGCCUCCAACAAAGCUCUACUGAGUGGCUGUAAACUGUCAAAGAGAAGCUGUGAAGCUCUGUCCUCAGUUCUCAGCUCCCAGUCCACUAGUCUGAGAGAGCUGGACCUGAGUAACAAUGACCUGCAGGAUUCAGGAGGGAAGCUGAUGUCUGUUGGACUGAAGAGUCCACACUGCACACUGGAGACUCUCAGACUGAAUGGCUGUAAACUAUCAGAGAGAAGCUGUGAAGAUCUGUCCUCAGUUCUCAGCUCCCAGUCCUCUAGUCUGAAAGAGCUGGACCUGAGUAACAACGAACUGCAGGAUUCAGGAGUGAAGCUGAUCUCUGUUGGACUGAAGAGUCCACACUGCACACUGGAGACGCUCAGGGUGGAGCCUGCUGGAGUCAGAUAUUUGACACCAGGUCCAUGGAGAUAUUCCUGUGAACUCACACUGGACACAAACACAGUGAGCAGAAAACUCAAACUGUCUGACAACAACAGGAAGGUGACACGUGUGAAGGAGGAUCAGUCAUAUCCUGAUCAUCCAGAGAGGUUUGACUCCUACUAUCAUCAGCUGCUGUGUAGAGAUGGUCUGACUGGUCGCUGUUACUGGGAGGUUCAGAUGAGAGGAGAUGUUGAUAUAUCAGUGAGUUACAGAGGAAUCAGCAGGAGAGGAGACGGUGCUGACUGUGUGUUUGGAUGGAAUGAUCAGUCCUGGAGUCUGGACUGCUCUGAUGGUCGUUACACUGUCUGGCACAAUAACAGAGAAACAUCCAUCUCCUCCUCCUCUGUCUCUGGUAGAGUAGCAGACAUCUCCUCCUCCUCUGUCUCUGGUAGAGUAGCAGACAUCUCCUCCUCCUCUGUCUCUGAUAGAGUAGCAGUGUAUGUGGACUGUCCUGCUGGCUCUCUGUCCUUCUACUCAGUCUCCUCUGACUCACUGAUCCACCUCCACACCUUCAACACCACAUUCACUCAGCCUGUCUAUCCUGGGUUCUGGCUCGGUUCUGGUUCCUCAGUGUCUCUGAGUCCAGUGUAGGACGGAGAGUCUCCUCCUGUUUCUCACUGCUGAUCAGUUGAGUCUGUACCGCCGGGGUCGUCAACUACAAUUUUUUCAAGGGCCAGAAUGUUUCUAAGCAGACGCUGUGGGGGACGGACUUUCAAAUAAAUAAAAUAAAAUGAAUUCAUACCUAA